AUGGACAUGAAUUUUGCUCUUUUUUUACUGUUCUCUCUCUCUGCUGCAACAGUCUCUAUGCUAUGUUUCAUGCACAGAAAGAAAAGUGAGAACAAAAGCAAGAAGAAACUGCCACCAGGAAAACUGGGAUUCUUCUGGAUUGGUGAAACAUUAGAAUUUUACAAAGCUCAACGAAGAAACCGAAUAUUCGAGGAGUUUGUUCAACCCCGGAUUGCAAAACACGGAAAAAUCUUCAAAACAAGGCUCAUGGGGUCGCCUACGGUGGUGGUAAAUGGAGCUGAGGCUAAUCGCUUCUUCCUGUCGAAUGAGUUCAAGCUGGUGGUAAGCUCGUGGCCUUCUGCAUCUGUUCAGCUCAUGGGCAAGGACUCGAUCAUGGAAAAACAAGGCGAUCAGCACCGGUGCCUUCGUGGGGUUAUAGCCACAAGCCUUGGCUGUGCUGGUCUAGAGGCUAUGGUGCCCAAAAUAUGUAGCUCAGUUGAGUUACACCUACAGAACCAUUGGCACGGUCAGGACAAGGUUAGCCUUUAUGGUAUGGCAAAGAUUUUGACAUUUACUAUUGUGUUUGAGUGCUUGUUAGGGAUUGAUGUUGGGGAGGGAAUGUUGGCAACUUUUGAGAGAGUUUUGGAGGGGGUUUUUGCUCCUCCUUUUGAGUUUCCUGGCUCCAAGUUUUCAAGGGCAAAGAAAGCAAGAAGGGAGAUAGAAAUGAUGUUGGUUGAUGUUGUGAGGAGGAAGAGGAAGGAAAUGGAAGGCGGGCCGGAAGGAAGAGAGGAAGAAGGGAAAUUACUUUCCCGGUUGGUGGCAGGGCUGAUCCGAGGGGAGAUUAGCGAGGAGGAGGUAGUCGAUAAUGUGGUGUUGCUAGUUUUUGCAGCUCAUGAUACCACCUCUUUCGCCAUCGCCAUGACAUUUAGGAUGUUGGCUCAUCACCCCAGUUGCUACUCCCUUCUCCUUCAAGAACAUGUUGAUAUAAUUAGCAACAAAAGAGCAGGUGAGAAUCUGACCUUGGAGGACACAAAGAAGUUGAGGUAUACCUGGCAAGUUGUUCGGGAGAGCAUGCGGCUGUUCCCUCCCAUCUUUGGCUCCUUCAGAAAAGCAACUGUAGACAUUGAAUACCAAGGAUUCACCAUUCCCAGAGGAUGGAAGGUAUUGUGGACUGUAUAUGGAACACAUUACAAUGAAGAGUAUUUUAGAGAGCCUUUGAGUUUUGAUCCAAGUAGAUUCGAGGAGUGUGUCCAACCAUAUGUUUUUCUACCAUUUGGAGGAGGACCAAGAGUUUGUGCAGGGUACCAACUGGCCAAGUUAAAUAUCCUCAUAUUUGUCCACUUUGUUGUAACUAGAUAUAACUGGUCCUUGCUAUAUCCCCAAGAGCCAGUCACCAUGGAUCCUCUACCAUUUCCUUCCCAUGGAAUGCCCAUAAAAAUUUCUCCCAAGGUCUUAUGAAUUAAGCCAAAAGAAAUCUUGCUGUUACAUUUAUGUACGCGCGAGCGCGUGCGCACACACUUUUAAGUAUCCUACCUCA